AUGAAAAAAAAAAAUAUAUUUCUUGCUAAGAAACCAGAAGAUAGUUCAUUAAACUAAUAUUGGUUUUCAGAAUAAACAAUUGAAUUUUUGGUUGAUCAUAUUGAAUCAAUUUAUGAGAAUGGAUAGAAAAUAGCAUUCCUAUCAACACCAUCAAUUUAUUGUAGUUUGAAGAAUUAAGAAGUUAAACAAAACUCUUCAUUAUUUGAAUUUGAUUUAAAACUAAAUAAAGAGAAAGGAUUUGUGUUUUAUGAUUUCAAUAAACCAUUAGAAGGUUUAGAAUUAUUCAAAAAUAGUUUCGAUAUAAUAUUAAUAGAUCCUCCAUUUAUAACAGAGGAGGUAUGGACUAAAUAUGCUUAAACAAUAAAUUAUAUCAGAAAAGAGAAUGCAAAGAUUUUAUGUUGUUCAAUAAAGGAGAACGCUAAAAUGCUAUAAGAUUUAAUUAAAGUUGUGCCUUAACAAUAUAAACCCUCAAUACCACAUUUGAUAUACUAAUACGACUUUUAUUGUAAUUACAAUCAUGAAAUGUUAUAGAAGGUAAAUGAAGAAAUAGGAUUUUGA